AUGCGAUGGCAGCGACUUCAAUCAUCAGCCGUGAAGUCGACAUUUGCCUGGUCCUGGCGUUCACGGCCUGAAAUCGAAAUCCGCCUAGUUGGCCAGAAACCCCAACUCGUCAACUCAUAUACCACCGGCGACCAAAUCGAAGGCACCGCCAUUAUCACCGUUGAACAUGAAACGCCUUUCGAUGAAGUUGAAAUCGUGCUGCAAGGGGCACCCUUGGUUAACCCCAAUAACACAGGCUCAUCACACACAACCGUCGAUCACGUUCUGUCCGGCCCCAUAGGGUCACAGCAGGUGUUUCUCGAGCUCCACCAGCCAAUCGAGGAGACUGAGUAUCCGAUCCCAGUGAUUCUAAAGCCUGGCCGUUCGUACUCAUUUCCCUUCACCUUUGUUGUCCCAAAUCGUUUGCUGCCGCAGGCCUGCACGCACCCACGGAUAAACGACUAUAUUCACCGUGCUCACACCAUGCUCCCGCCGACUUUGGGUGACCCUAUGCUGGCCGGCAAUGGAAAAGCCCUUCCGGAUGAUAUGGCUCCUGAUAUGUGCCAAAUUUCGUAUAUAAUUCGCGUCAGUGUGCUGAAACAGUCCUCGACGAAUGACUGCCAGCUCGAGUAUUUGGCGAGCCUUUCCACGAAGGUCCGCAUCAUUCCAACCGUGGAAGAAGAGCCCCCUAUCAAUGUUCUCGACCAUCCUUACUACUGCACAAGCAAGGGGAAGGGCGGACGACGCGGACUCCUACGAAGCAAACAGUGCCGCCUGCUCGCUUCUUCCUCUCAACCUAAGCCAAUUCGCUUACUCCCUCCCAGUUAUUCCUGUGAUACUGUGAGUACUGUAGCGACAGUACAGCUCCGAUUUGACCCAAGGGGUAACGAGCCGCCUCCUCGCCUUGGAUCUAUGACCAGCAGACUCAAGGCGAGCACUUUCUAUAGCGCGGCUCCUUUGGAGGAUUUCCCUUGCCACUCUGGUGCGAUGACAUUCUCGCAAGGCGGCCGGGGUCUAUUCACCGAGUCUAUUCCGCUGUCGACCAUGUCUGUCGCCUCAGCCCAAUGGGAGAAACACUCGGCAUCAUCUUACUCUGACUACCACGACUCAAUACACUCCAUCACUUCGGAUGUCUCGGCCGGCCCCUCUACAGCAUUAUUUGGAGACAGGUAUUACACCGCCUCGGUCAUCAUCCCUAUCACUCUCCCUAGCUCGAAGACCUUCGUACCAACCUUUCACUCCUGCCUGGUGUCCCGAACCUACUCGCUGGACCUCUCGUUGACCUACCACACUCCUGGCACGAACGCCCUGACACCAACCAUUUCCCUCUGCGUCCCAAUCCAGAUCACUACCUAG